CCACUGAAAAGUUUGUGUCAUCCAGGACUGUGAUACAAACACAGUGAGAUGGCUACGGAUCGCGAGCAAAAUCUUGCAGUUUAUCGACGAAGACUCAUUGACCAUCGAGAGAUCGAAGCGAAGUUGAGAAAAUUGCGUGAAGAGAAGCGAGAUUUUGACAAGCAGUAUGACAAGAGUGAGAAUGACCUGAAGGCACUGCAGAGUGUGGGCCAGAUAGUGGGAGAGGUUCUCAAGCAGCUAACUGAAGAGAAGUUCAUAGUCAAGGCCACUAAUGGCCCUCGCUACGUUGUUGGUUGCAGGCGACAGCUUGAUAAAGCCAAGCUCAAGUCUGGUACAAGAGUGGCCUUAGACAUGACUACUCUGACAAUCAUGAGACAUCUGCCACGUGAAGUCGACCCACUAGUUUACAACAUGAGCCAUGAAGACCCUGGUGAUGUUACCUACAACCAAAUUGGUGGACUCAGUGAUCAGAUCAGGGAACUAAGGGAGGUGAUAGAGUUGCCACUGCUGAACCCAGAGCUGUUCCAGCGUGUUGGCAUCUCUCCUCCUAAAGGCUGCUUGCUGUACGGCCCUCCAGGCACUGGCAAGACCCUGCUUGCUCGAGCUGUCGCUUCUCAGCUUGACUGCAACUUCCUGAAGGUCGUGUCGAGCGCUAUUGUUGACAAGUACAUCGGAGAAUCUGCACGUCUCAUCAGGGAGAUGUUUAACUAUGCUCGCGACCAUCAGCCAUGCAUUAUCUUCAUGGAUGAGAUUGAUGCUAUUGGAGGCAGGCGGUUUUCUGAGGGAACUUCUGCUGACCGUGAAAUUCAGCGCACUCUUAUGGAGCUCCUCAACCAGAUGGACGGCUUCGACUCUCUUGGCCAGGUAAAAAUGAUCAUGGCUACCAACCGUCCUGACACCCUGGACCCGGCACUUCUGAGGCCUGGUCGUCUGGACAGGAAGAUCGAAAUCGCUCUUCCCAACGAACAGGCGCGCCUUGAGAUUCUCAAAAUACAUUCGGGGCCCAUCACUAAGAGAGGAGAAAUAGAUUACGAAGCCGUAGUGAAGCUGUCGGACAAUUUCAACGGGGCAGAUCUGCGCAAUGUGUGCACCGAAGCUGGUCUCUUCGCCAUCAGGAACGAGCGCGACUACGUUAUCGAGGAGGACUUCAUGAAGGCCGUCAGGAAGGUGGCGGACAACAAGAAGCUCGAGACCAAGCUUGACUACAAACCAGUUUAAGGUUCGAUUGUUUGCUACAUUUCUGUUAGGAACCCCGUUGCUUAAAAACUUAGUAAACAAAUACCAAAUAUCUUUUAUUGUCCUGGAUGAAUGGGGUCUAGCAAUAUUUCGCUGCUUAUCUUCGGCAGCAGGUACGUUAUACCUUCAAUAAAGAUACAUCACUUU